AUGGAAGGUAUGGCUAAUAUUGCCACUCAUAUGCCAGCACCCCCACCUGCACCCAUCAUACCAACCGUUUUAGAAGCAGCUACAGCUACUAAUGACAUGGUAUAUCUAGUUCGUUUGGUAAAGAGUAUGAGAGAAAUGGGUUAUGAACCCUUCUCAAGUGAACAGGAUGCUGAAGUGGCGGGAAGAUGGAUUAGAAAGGUGGAGAAAACAAUGAUUCAAAUUAAGAUACCACAUGAUCUGCAGUUGAGGAGGGCUACAGAAACCCUAUCCUGGGAUGACUUCAAGAUAGAGUUUGAGAAUCAAUAUUACUCCAAAUAUCAUCGGAAGAUGAAGGAACAGAAAUUCCUAGCCUUGAGACAGAAGGAAAUGUCAAUACUCGAGUAUGAGAGACGAUUUCAUGACCUCUCACUAUUCACACCACAUUAUGUUCCAUCAGAACAACACGUGAUAGAAAAGUUAAGGGAUGGCUUCCGACAAGAAUUGAAGCAGGGGUUGAUUGCUUUGCAAUUCAAGACAUUAAAAGAACUAGUUGAAGCAGUACAGGCAUUGGAGGCUUGUAUGGAAGAAGGCCAACAAAGUCAUGGGGGUGCAAGAAAACGAAAGGAUAUGGAAUUUUUAGGCAGGCCACAGCUUCUAAAGAAAGGUAGAGGUGAACAGUUCCUUCCAUUCAAAAAGAAAGGGGGGACGUCAACUAGCUUCCGACAGGGUAUCGGUGGGAGGUCAGGAAGUGGUCAGACCCACUCCAGGGCUAUAGCUGCGAGGGGGCAUAAUGAUCAGAAGGAAAUUGUCUACCCUCGAUGUGCUCGGUGUGAACAAAGACACCCUGGGAGUUGUACGGUUUUUCUUGGAUGA